CGUGUACUCGUGUGUGUCUGGAGUCGUGGGGAAACAAAUCUCUAGCACACAAUUGCAGCGAAAGCCAGUGGAUUGCAGAUGUAAAAACGUCGGUUUCGUGUUUUGUUUACCGAUUUAAUAACACAAGAAAUUGUAAUACUUUUCGACAUAGGAUAUUUGUCCUCUCGUUUGGUGGAGCAGUACGACUCAGAAGUUGUCUUUCAAGAAGAGAUAAAGUGACAGAACCCAUUUCCCAGUGGCUGUUUUUGGUACUUUCUCUUGCAUUGUCACACUCCAUCUGGCUCUGUGGUAGCAGCCAAGUCUGUUUCGUAACAACCAGUUCUGUCUAUUUUUCUGAGAUGAACAACGUUUUCUGCCAUUAACAAGCUAUUUUGAACCACUUCCAGAGGAGAAAAGGAACAACGGACGGGGUGCAGAGACACCUGGAUAUACCAUGAUUCUUGUUUGCGGGACAAAUCUGUGAAGAAUAUUUGCGUCAAAAUGAUUUCCCACUGUAGUUCAAGCAGUCCAACAUAGUGAACUUUUUUAAAAAAAAAAAAAACUCUUUAAUCUAUUAACAGGUGAAUCUCAUCACCUUGGCAAUUGCCUAUUCGUACAGUAUUAUUAUGAGCGAUGAUAACUCCGACUCCGCGCCCAGCGUUGAUUCAGCUAGAGGAGCAAGAGUCGAGAAAAAGGCAGGGCUGGUUGACAGAUCCUGCAGCAUGAGUGAGAGCUCUCCCUCAUCGAAUCCGGUGAAUAGUGAGACAGGAUCAUCUCUGGGAGGAGUAUCUGAUGCCAAGAGAUCCCCAGGUGGCAACCGUGGGACAAAUUCCGAUGAUACGGAUGGACUGUCAAGUGGAAAUGACUCUGGGGAGAGGGAAAGUGAAGGAGGGAUGGAGAGAGGGAGCGGAUCCAGGGGGAGACAGUCAAACCGAAGUUAUCAGAGUUCCUCCAGUCAGAACGGAAAAGACUCGGCCAUGUGUCUGGAGACUACGGAGAGCAACAAGAGCUCAAAUUCUCACAGUUCUUCUCCACCCAGCAGCUCUCUGGCUUACAGCCUGCUGAGCACCAGCUCCGAGCAGGAUCCGCCGUCCACCAGCGGCUGCAGCAGUGAUCAGUCCGCUCGUGUCCAGACUCAGAAAGAGCUGAUGAGAGCCCUGAAUGAGCUGAAGAUCCGUCUGCCACCAGAGAGGAAGAUGAAGGGACGCUCCAGCACCCUUAAUGCCCUCAAAUACGCCCUCAGCUGUGUCAGACAAGUCAGAGCCAACCAGGAGUAUUAUCACCAGUGGAAUGUUGAGGAGUGUCAUGGCUGUAGUCUCGACCUCUCCACCUUCACUGUUGAAGAACUGGACAACAUCACCUCUGAAUACACGCUCAAAAAUACAGACACAUUUUCCAUGGCGGUGUCUUUCCUGUCAGGGAAGGUUGUGUACAUCUCACCCCAGGGAUCAUCUCUUCUGCGCAGUAAGCCAGAGAAGCUGCACGGGGUUUUGUUUUCAGAGCUGCUCGCGCCCCAAGAUGUGAGCACUUUCUACAGCAACACCGCACCCUGCAGACUGCCAUCAUGGGCCUCCUGCAUCGGCUCCGUCUCUCCACCAGCUGACUGCACCCAAGAGAAGUCCAUGUUUUGUCGUAUCAGUGGAGACGUCUCAUCCGGUGGUGAUGUAAAGUACUACCCAUUCAGACUGACCCCCUACCUGCUCACGCUCCGAGACUCUGACAUGGCCUACCCUCAACCCUGCUGUCUGCUCAUUGCAGAGAGAGUACACUCGGGAUAUGAGGCCCCUCGUAUUCCUCUGGAUAAGAGGAUAUUCACUACCAGUCACACCCCCAGCUGUCUUUUUCAGGAGGUGGAUGAGCGGGCAGUUCCUCUUUUAGGGUACCUGCCUCAGGACCUGGUGGGAACCCCAGUCCUGCUGUACCUCCAUCCAGAGGACAGGCCCAUUAUGGUGGCCAUCCAUAAGAAGAUUCUCCAGUUUGCUGGGCAGCCGUUUGAACACUCACCCUUGCGGAUGUGUGCACGUAACGGAGAGUAUCUGACCAUAGACACCUCUUGGUCCUCCUUUAUUAACCCCUGGAGCAGGAAAGUGGCCUUCAUUGUUGGACGCCACAAAGUCAGAACCUCUCCACUGAAUGAGGAUGUCUUUACGCCGCCGAGGGGUCAGGAGGAGCGGACCCUGUCCCCAGACAUCCCUCAGCUCAGUGAGCAGAUCCACAGGCACCUGGUGCAGCCUGUCCACAACGGGAGCUCUCAGGGCUACAGCAGCCUGGCCAGCAAUGGAUCCCACGAGCACCAGCCCAGUGCCACCUCCUCAUCAGAAAGCAGUGGGCCGUGUCUAGAGGACCCCUCGCAGUUCCACAAACCAAUGACCUUCCAGCAAAUCUGCAAAGAUGUCCACAUGGUGAAGACCAGCGGACAACAAGUCUUCAUUGACUCCCGCAACCGACCUCCUCCUAAAAAACACACGACCACAGGUGCUUUGAAAGCAGUUGAAGCGGGACAGCCGGGCAGCAGUCUCUGUCCUGGUGCUGCUCCACCCUCCAAGAGCUCCGCACCAUCCCUUAUCGUCCCAAAGGAGCCGCCCUCCACCUACUCUUAUCAGCAAAUCAACUGCUUGGAUAGCAUCAUAAGGUAUCUGGACAGCUGUAACAUCCCGAACACGGUGAAGAGGAAGUGUGGCUCCUCUUCCUGCACUGCCUCCUCCACAUCUGAUGAUGACAAACAGCAGGACGCACCACGCAAUGCUAAAGGUCCAUCUGUGUCUCUGGUAAAGGAGAGUGCAUUGUUACCCCCACUGGCCAUGCACAGUAAAGCGGAAAGUGUUGCGUCUGUCACCUCCCAGUGUAGUUUCAGCAGCACCAUCGUCCAUGUGGGAGACAAAAAACCUCCCGAGUCAGAUAUCGUAAUGGAGGAAGCCCCUCCCACUCCAAAUGCUGCUGCCACUCAACCACAAGCCCCUCCCACAGCCACACCCACUCUGCCCCCUAGUCCUGCUCCUGAUAGGGAUGCAGGAAGAAGAAGUCUCGGAGGAGCAGGAGGAGGAGAAAGGUUGGGCCUCACGAAAGAAGUCCUGUCGGCUCACACACAGCAAGAGGAGCAUAACUUCAUGUACCGCUUCAGAGACUUGAGCGAACUCAGAGUGUUUGACCCAGCCUCAGCUUUGCGCCAGCGAGCGAACGCACCCUUAGCAAGAGGUGUGCGCAGCUCUCGGGAUUACCCAGCAGCAGGUAGCUCUGGGCGUAGACGCGGUCGAGGAGGCAAAAGACUGAAGCACCAGGAAUCUUCAGAGCACACGAGGUCUCGUAGCCCAGCCGGCCAAAUAAGAGGCCUCCGUCCUGGGGUUCCAGCUUUGGACCGGCCCUCUAAUUCCUCCAUACCCAUGGGACCUGUUGCCAGUUCCUCUUCCUGGCCCACGUCAGGUUCACAAGCUAGCGCUCACUCUGUCCCGUACCCACCCGGCGUCCUUCCUUUAUUUCCUGUCUAUCCCCCCUUCUCCCAUCCCGUCUCAGACCCCAGCAUGCAGGCGGGGCUACGCUUCCCCCUUCAGAACUCACAGAUGCCGAUGCAGAUGACGGGGGCUCCUAUGGUGCCCCCGAUGAUGGCGUUGGUAUUACCCAACUACAUGUUUCCUCAGCAAUUCUACAGCCCUAACCCGGCUUUCCCUUUCCCCGCUGCCAACAUGACGUCCCCCGCUCCCUGUCAGAUUCCGACUCCAGUCCCACGCCCCCUCUCUCGCUCCAGCACCCCUCAUUCCAUCAGCCAAAGAGAGGCCGGCCCUGAGAGAGAAGGAGCAGAGUCUCCGCUCUUUCAGUCCAGAUGCUCCUCACCCUUAAAUCUGCUGCAGCUGGAGGAGUCGCCAAGCAACCGGUUUGAGGUCGCAUCAGCUUUGGCGUCAGUGCAACAGACCACAUCUCCUAUGGUGGGACAGGGAGGUGGAGCAGGAGGACAGAACCCCUCUAAUCAGAGAGGUUCAGCGCUGGAUUCAAAAGAAAAUGAAAAUGGUGAACAAAAUGAUUCCAAUCAGGACGCCAUGUCCACCUCCAGUGAUCUGCUGGACCUGCUGUUACAGGAGGACUCUCGCUCAGGCACUGGCUCAGCCGGCUCAGGCUCAAGGUCAUUAGGCACAGGCUCCUCUGGUUCCGGCUCGGGGUCCUCUGGAUCAGGGUCCAAUGGCUGCAGCUCUUCUGGAAGUGGAACUAGAAGCAGUCAGAGCAGCAACACAAGCAAGUACUUUGGUAGUGUCGACUCAUCUGAAAACAGCCAUUCCCGCAAGCAGACAGCAGAGGGCGAUGGAGAGGCACAGUUCAUCAAAUGUGUCCUGCAAGAUCCCAUCUGGCUCCUCAUGGCCAAUACGGAUGAAAAGACGAUGAUGACCUACCAGCUGCCCCUCCGAGACAGAGAUUCCGUGUUGAAAGCGGACCGUGCUGCUCUGAGAGCCAUGCAGAAACAGCAGCCUCGCUUCACUGAAGAGCAGAAGAGCGAAUUGAGUCAAGUUCACCCUUGGAUCCGCACUGGACGCGUGCCUCGUGCUCUCAACAUUUCGGCAUGUGUGGGCUGUAAGUCCUCUCCUUCGGUCCCCUCUGCGACCCCCUUCGAUGUGGAGAUCCACGAAAUGGAGUUCUGCAGUGUUUUGGAGUGCUGUGCUGAGAAACACACCCCAGCGGACACGGCCAUGGAGAAGAGCGAGGCCGAGGGAGAAGAAGAGUCAAGCAAAGACCAGGAGGUUGAGAAUGUUGGGACUAUUAUGACGUCACAAAUCAAUGACCAAGAAAUGAUGAUAGAAGAACAAGGAGUAACCUCGCUGAUCGAGGAGGAAAUGGGUGCCUCACUUUCACAGAUGACACACUGAGCCAGUGCAAUACUGAUGACAUCGUUUGUGUACUCAUUAAAUUAUCCAGUUUUAUUUAUUUCUAUAUAGAAAUGCUAAUUAGCCAGGAAGGCUGGCAGAUGAUGAAUGUAAAGCAGAAUUGCUUUGUUGAAAGACUGUGAUAUCUCAAAGUAAGGAUAUUUUGGUUCUUACAAAGAGGUUAGGAUCUGUUGGCAGUCGCGAUUUGGCAGGAAGUAAGGGAUACUUGGCUUUAGACCACUCUGGAUUUGACCUCAAGACACCAACUAUUUAAUUCCAGUUCUAGUGACCUGCAAAAACACAUUUUGUGGUGUUAAACAACUAUAUCAAAUGUUGUCAAAUGGGUUAACGGAUGUUCAGACAAAGGAUGAUAAUUAUAACGAUAUAACAAAUAAUCAAAUUCUUUCCAGACGAUGAACGAUAAAAACAAAUUGGUUAUUGUCCGUUGAUGUGGACCUUAAUAUUGCUAUCGUUAUAGUUAUAAUCCUUGGUGUGAACGGGUCUUUAAACUCUGGUGUUAAGUUGAUUUAGGUCUGUUUUUAGACAGGAGAACAGAUUCACUGCCUUUGAGGACGGUCUAACUGUUUCUCACCUUUGUGAAUUUUUACAUUUCCCAAACGUUAUGGAAAUGUUAUUGCAAUUUUUUUACAGGUAUAUACAGAUAGGAUUUUUUUGACCAAAUUUACAGUUUUUAUUUUGAUCAUUCUGUAUAUAUUUUUUUAUACGUUAUUGGUGCAAAAUUGUCAAUGUUAAAGCUUGGAGGAAUUGUAUGAAAUGUACUGCAACUUGGUCUGUUACAGUUCAUUUUCACCACUACUUCAGAUUUAGAUGUCACUACAGUAAUCAUGGCAACUGUGAACUUUUCAAGGAGUAUUUGUAGCUCAAAUCAUCAUCUUGUAAAGUAGCACUUAGCAAAGGGAAGCUUCAGAGGUCACAGCCAGAAAAAGCUGCCACACACUGCUGGGUCGAAAGAGCGGAUGCGUUUGAUGUUAUUAUAUUUGAACCGUACCAUCAAAGAGAAAUGAGUUUUCCACAGAAGAAAGUUUAAAAGAACAUGAGGGUGAUUUAAUUGAUGACAGAAUUUUAUUUUUUUGGAUAAACUGCCCCUGUAAAGGAAUGGGUGAAAAAUGAGUUGGCAAAUCAGUCUUUACCUUUUCCAGUCUGUUUCAGUCAUGUGCUAUUUGACUUCCAGUUGUCUUGGAACAGUUUGUAAGUAUUUUGUGUAUUUCUUUAUAUGAAAAAUAAAAAAUAAUAUGGUUCUCA